AUUUGAAAACAAGCGUAAGCAAGAGAGCUGAGAGAGAGCGCUUUGGAGAUGGAGGAUUCAGGUGCGAUUCUAUGUCAGAUCUCCAUUUUCAAGGACAUGCUUGAUCAGGUCAAUCGGGAAAUCGAAGCGAACAUUCAGGUGUCGCGAGAGAUCGAAUCAGAGAUCGGAGCGUGUUCUGAUAUGGGAUCGACUCUAUCCGUUAAAGAAGCUGAGCUUACUAGAUCGUUCCUUGCUUCUCAGUUCGAGAUCAGCGGUUUGAUCUCCGUUACAGCCGAUUCAAGAAACUCUCUGAAGCUAUUGGAGGAUGAGAUUCAUCGCCUGAGAAGUGACCACAGUGAGCUAAUUACAAGGCUAACCGAAAAGCGGGCAGGGUUUGUGAAUAUGUGUUUUCGAUUCCAGAAGGAGAUUGAGGAUAGUGAAUCAAGGAAUUUAUUGUCGGAGAGGGAGUUUCUGGAAAACGAAGUUUGGAUUAUGGAGAUGAAGAACAUUGAUGUGAAGAACUCGAUUUUGGCUUACAUGGAAGAUGAAAUGAUGAAUCUAUUAUCUGAACUUUAGCCAUUGGAUUGGAAUGUAAGUACUACUACUGCUGAUAACUUGAUCUUUAGCCAUGGCCAA